AGGUUACCUAGGGUGAAACAAAAUUACAGGCUUGGAGACUCUGGAAAAGCUCAGCAUCAGCGUUUGAGAGUCAAGGCUUGCAAAUUAUGUGAUUAAUCUACAGGCUGAUAUCAUGAUGUCAAAAUGCAGUUCAGGAGGCAUAAAUACAGAGACUGCGGAAAUUAAAACGUAGGCUGUGCUGGAGCAAAAAUGCAAUGAAAGAAACACUGGAUGAAUGAAUGAAAAGCCCUGCUUUGCAAUCCCUCAGCAUGGCGGGACUGCAGCUCAUGACCCCUGCUUCCUCCCCAAUGGGUCCAUUUUUUGGACUGCCAUGGCAACAAGAAGCAAUUCAUGAUAACAUUUACACGCCAAGAAAAUAUCAGGUUGAACUGCUUGAAGCAGCUUUGGAUCAUAAUACAAUAGUCUGCUUAAACACUGGCUCAGGGAAGACUUUUAUUGCAGUACUACUCACUAAAGAGCUGUCCUAUCAGAUCAGGGGAGAUUUCAACAAAAAUGGAAAAAGAACUGUGUUCUUGGUCAACUCGGCAAAUCAAGUUGCUCAACAAGUGUCAGCUGUCAGGACACAUUCAGACCUUAAAGUGGGAGAGUAUUCAAGUUUGGACAUAACUGAAUCAUGGACAAAAGAGAAGUGGAGUCAGGAAUUCUCUAAGCAUCAGGUUCUGGUUAUGACAUGUCAUGUUGCUUUGACUGUUCUGAGAAAUGAGUAUUUAUCCCUGUCAAAUAUUAAUCUUCUGGUGUUUGAUGAGUGCCAUCUUGCAAUCCAGGAUCAUCCAUACCGUGAAAUUAUGAAGAUCUGUGAGGAUUAUCCAUCAUGUCCUCGAAUUUUGGGAUUGACAGCUUCCAUUUUAAAUGGGAAAUGUGAUCCUGCUGAGUUAGAGGAGAAGAUCCAGAAACUGGAGCAAAUUUUGAAGAGCAAUGCUGAAACUGCAACUGAUUUGGUGGUCUUAGACAGAUAUACUUCUCAGCCAUGUGAGAUUGUUGUAGACUGUGGACCAUAUACUGACAAAAGUGGGUUGUAUGGAAGAUUACUAAAGGAAUUGGAUGAAGCGCUUGCUUUUCUAAAUGACUGCAACAUAUCUGUACAUUCAAAAGAAAGAGAUUCCACCUUAAUUUCUAAGCAGAUAUUGUCAGACUGUCGAGCUGUGUUGGUUGUUCUGGGACCGUGGUGUGCAGAUAAGGUAGCUGGGAUGAUGGUGAGAGAGCUGCAGAAGUAUAUCAAACAUGAACAAGAGGAGCUGCACAGGAAAUUUUUAUUGUUUACAGACACUUUCCUAAGGAAAAUACAUGCACUCUGUGAAGAGCACUUCUCGCCUGCCUCACUUGACCUGAAAUUUGUGACCCCAAAAGUAAUAAAGCUGCUUGAAAUCUUGCGCAAAUACAAACCGUAUGAACGGCAGCAGUUUGAAAGUGUUGAAUGGUAUAACAAUAGGAAUCAGGAUAAUUACGUAUCUUGGAGUGAUUCUGAAGAUGAUGAUGAGGAUGAAGAAAUUGAGGAGAAAGAGAAGCCAGAGACUAAUUUCCCAUCUCCCUUUACUAAUAUUUUAUGUGGAAUUAUUUUUGUGGAAAGAAGAUACACAGCAGUUGUUCUAAAUAGGUUGAUAAAAGAAGCUGGCAAGCAAGAUCCAGAACUGGCUUACAUCAGUAGCAAUUUUAUAACUGGACAUGGCAUUGGCAAGAACCAGCCUCGUAACAAGCAGAUGGAAGUAGAAUUUAGAAAACAGGAAGAGGUUCUUAGAAAAUUUCGAGCACAUGAGACCAACCUACUUAUUGCUACUAGUAUUGUAGAAGAGGGUGUUGACAUACCCAAAUGCAACUUGGUGGUGCGUUUUGAUUUGCCCACGGAGUACCGUUCCUAUGUGCAGUCAAAAGGAAGAGCUAGAGCACCAAUUUCCAAUUACAUUAUGUUAGCAGAUACAGACAAAAUCAAAAGUUUUGAAGAAGAUCUUAAGACAUACAAAGCAAUUGAGAAGAUCCUCCGAAACAAAUGCUCAAAAUCUGUUGAUGCCAAUGAAACUGAAACUGAACCUAUUGUUGAUGAUGAUGAUAUCUUUCCACCCUAUGUGUUGAGGCCAGAUGAGAACAGUCCAAGGGUUACUAUUAACACUGCUAUUGGACACAUAAAUAGGUACUGCGCUAGACUACCGAGUGAUCCAUUUACACACCUGGCUCCCAAGUGUAAGACCAGGGAACUACCUGACCAUACGUUUUACUCUACUCUCUACCUGCCAAUCAACUCACCUCUUCGAGCUUCAAUUGUUGGCCCUCCAAUGAGUUGUGCAAGACUGGCUGAGAGAGUUGUCGCUCUUAUUUGCUGUGAAAAACUGCACAAAAUUGGUGAACUGGAUGAUCAUUUGAUGCCAGUUGGUAAAGAAACGGUUAAAUAUGAGGAGGAACUUGAUUUACAUGAUGAAGAAGAAACCAGUGUUCCGGGAAGGCCAGGCUCUACAAAACGAAGACAGUGCUAUCCUAAAGCUAUUCCAGAAUGUUUGAGGGAUAGUUAUCCCAAACCUGAUCAGCCCUGUUACUUGUAUGUAAUAGGAAUGGUGUUAACGACUCCUCUACCUGAUGAGCUCAACUUCAGGAGACGAAAGCUAUAUCCUCCUGAGGAUACAACAAGAUGUUUUGGCAUAUUGACAGCCAAACCUAUACCUCAAAUUCCUCACUUUCCUGUGUAUACUCGCUCUGGAGAGGUUACAAUAUCCAUUGAGCUUAAGAAAUCUGGUUUUACUUUGUCUCUGCAAAUGCUUGAGUUGAUAACACGACUCCACCAGUACAUUUUUUCACAUAUUCUUCGUCUUGAGAAACCUGCACUAGAGUUCAAACCUACAGAAGCUGAUUCAGCCUAUUGUGUUCUACCUCUAAAUGUUGUUGAUGACUCCAGCACUUUGGACAUUGACUUUAAGUUUAUGGAAGACAUUGAGAAAUCUGAGGCACGUACAGGCAUUCCCAGUACACAGUAUACAAAAGAAAUGCCUUUUAUUUUCAAGCUAGAAGAUUACCAGGAUGCAGUUAUCAUUCCACGAUAUCGAAAUUUUGAUCAGCCUCAUCGAUUCUACGUAGCUGAUGUAUACACUGAUCUUACUCCACUCAGUAAAUUCCCUUCCCCUGAAUAUGAAACUUUUGCUGAAUAUUAUAAAACAAAAUAUAAUCUUGACCUUACCAAUCUUAACCAGCCACUGCUGGAUGUGGACCACACAUCUUCAAGACUUAAUCUUUUGACUCCUCGCCAUUUGAAUCAGAAGGGAAAAGCACUUCCAUUAAGCAGUGCUGAGAAGAGGAAAGCAAAGUGGGAAAGUUUGCAGAAUAAACAGAUACUGGUUCCUGAGCUCUGUGCUAUACACCCUAUUCCAGCGUCACUGUGGAGAAAAGCAGUGUGCCUCCCCAGCAUACUUUACCGCCUGCACUGCCUUUUGACAGCAGAGGAACUAAGAGCUCAAACAGCCACUGAUGCUGGUGUAGGGGUUAAAUCACUUCCUGCAGAUUUCAGAUAUCCUAACUUGGACUUUGGAUGGAAAAAAUCUAUUGACAGCAAGUCCUUCAUCUCUCUUCCUAACUCCUCUGUAGUAGAGAAUGAAAAUUACUGUAAGCACAGCACAAUUGUAGUCCCUGAAAAUGCUGCACAUCAAGGUGCUAAUAAAACCUCUUCUGCAGAAAACCAUGACCAAAUGUCUGUGAGUUACAGAACAUUGCUCAAUGAGUCACCCAGUAAACUCCAAAUUGAUGUCUCGGUAGAACUUGCAGCAAUUAAUGGUGUUUCUUAUAAUAAAAAUCUUGCCAAUGGCAAUUGUGAUUUAGUUAACAGAGACUUUUGCCAAGGAAAUCAGCUGAAUUACUGCAGGCAGGAAAUACCUGUACAACCAACUACCUCAUAUCCCAUUCAGAAUUUAUACAACAGUGAGAACCAGCCCAAGCCCAGCAAUGAAUGUACUCUACCGAGUAAUAAAUACCUUGAUGGAAAUGCUAACAGAUCUACCUCAGAUGGAUGCCCCAUAAUGGCAGUGACCACCAGUACUUCAAAAGCUAUUAAUCUUUCAAAAGACAGAGCAGAUUCUGAAAAGAGCCCUUGCAGUGGGUACUCCUCAAAAACUCUCGGUCCUAAUCCUGGUCUCAUUCUUCAAGCUUUGACUCUUUCAAAUGCUAGUGAUGGAUUUAACCUGGAGCGGCUGGAGAUGCUUGGUGAUUCAUUUUUAAAGCAUGCCAUCACUACGUACUUGUUUUGCACUUACCCUGAUGCUCACGAGGGACGGCUGUCCUACAUGAGAAGCAAAAAGGUCAGCAACUGUAACUUGUAUCGCCUUGGAAAAAAGAAAGGACUGCCAAGUCGCAUGGUGGUGUCGAUUUUUGAUCCCCCAGUCAAUUGGCUUCCUCCUGGUUACAUAGUAAAUCAGGACAAGAGCAACACUGACAAGUGGGAGAAAGAUGAAAUGACAAAGGAAAACAUGUUGGCUAAUGGUAAACUUGAUGAUUAUAAUGACGAUGAAGAGAAUGAAGACCUAAUGUGGAGGUUGCCCAAGGAAGAAACAGACUUUGAAGAUGAUUUUCUGGAGUAUGAUCAGGAGCAUAUCAAAUUCAUUGAUAAUAUGUUAAUGGGAUCAGGCGCUUUUGUGAAGAAAAUUUCACUCUCACACUUUUCAACCACUGAUUCAAACUAUGAAUGGAAAGCACCCAAAAAGUCAUCCAUGGGUAAUGCUCAGUGUUCAUCAGAUUUUGAUGAUUUUGACUAUAGCUCUUGGGAUGCGAUGUGCUAUCUGGAUCCUAGCAAGGCUGUUGAAGAGGAUGAUUUUGUAGUGGGCUUCUGGAAUCCAUCAGAAGAGAACUGUGGUGUUGAUGCAGGAAAGCAGUCGAUCUCCUAUGACUUGCAUACAGAGCAGUGCAUUGCUGACAAGAGCAUUGCAGACUGCGUGGAAGCCCUGUUGGGCUGCUAUCUGACCAGCUGUGGUGAAAGAGCUGCUCAGCUUUUCCUGUGUUCAUUGGGGCUGAAGGUGCUCCCUGUAAUUAAAAAGACUGAUUGGGAAGGCACUCUGUGUGCUACCAGAGAGAACUGUAACAGUGAGGAGAAAAAUCUUUCACCAAAUUCUGUUUCUGCUUCUGUAGCUAAUUCAGAGCCUUCUCUGUGUAAAGACCUGGAGUAUGGCUGUUUGAAGAUUCCACCAAGGUGUAUGUUUGAUCACCCAGAUGCUGAAAAAACCCUAAAUCACCUUAUUUCUGGUUUUGAAAACUUUGAGAAGAAAAUAAAUUACAGUUUUAAGAACAAGGCUUAUCUUCUUCAGGCAUUUACUCAUGCCUCUUACCAUUAUAAUACCAUUACUGAUUGUUACCAGCGCUUAGAAUUCCUGGGAGAUGCAAUUUUGGACUACCUCAUAACCAAGCACCUUUAUGAAGACCCACGGCAACACUCUCCAGGAGUUCUUACUGACCUACGAUCUGCUCUAGUCAAUAAUACCAUUUUUGCAUCAUUAGCUGUAAAGUAUGACUACCACAAGUACUUCAAAGCUGUCUCUCCUGAACUGUUUCAUGUUAUUGAUGACUUUGUGCAGUUUCAAAUGGAAAAGAAUGAAAUGCAAGGAAUGGAUUCUGAGCUCAGAAGAUCUGAAGAAGAUGAAGAAAAAGAGGAAGACAUUGAAGUACCAAAGGCCAUGGGGGAUAUAUUUGAGUCCCUUGCUGGUGCCAUUUAUAUGGAUAGUGGAAUGUCUUUGGAAAUGGUUUGGCAAGUGUACUAUCCAAUGAUGAGGCCACUAAUAGAAAAAUUUUCUGCUAAUGUGCCCCGUUCCCCAGUGCGAGAGCUGCUGGAAAUGGAGCCAGAGACAGCCAAAUUUAGUCCUGCGGAAAGAACUUACGAUGGAAAGGUCAGAGUUACAGUGGAAGUUGUAGGAAAGGGAAAGUUUAAAGGUGUUGGCAGAAGCUACAGGAUUGCCAAAUCUGCAGCAGCAAGAAGAGCACUACGAAGCCUCAAAGCAAAUCAACCUCAGGUCCCAAACAGCUGAGACUCCUCUUAAAAGUAAAUGAAAUGGGGAAAAAAAUAACAUAGAAAUAAAGCAAAUUUUUAAAAAAAGUUGAUGUUGAGAGGAACAAAUUGGAAGACAGAAUUUAAAGUUUGUUUGAUAACAGAAUAGAUAACAAAACAUUUAACAUGUAUAAAAUUUUGGAACUAAUUGUAGUUAUAGUUUUUUGCGCAAACACAAUCUUGUCUUCUUUCCUCACUUCUGCUUUGUUUAAUCACGAGAGUGCUUUAAUGAUGACAUUUAGCAAGUGUUCAGAAUAAUUGUUGUCAGGUCUUUUUGGUUUACUUUUCUUGUCAGUACAGCUUUGCUUAGUAUUAGAAGGCCAGGGAGCUUAUGCCUAAUGCAGUUGCUAGAUUUAUAUAUAUAGUAAUCUUGGAAUUCUUCAAUCUGUGCACUAGUGCCAGUCAUAAAGCAGUUGAUAAACUGUACUGGAUGAUUGGGUAUAAGAAAGAUUAAGUGUGCCAGUAUUCUCCUUUUUAUUUUCUUUUUUUUUUUUUUCUCUCCGUCAUCUUUUUACAUUAAGAUGGCAUUCCCAAUCAUUAUUGCACUUAUUUGUUAGGGACAGAUUUUAAUUGAAAUGGCUGGCAUACUGGUAGAGUGAAACUUCGGUUUCCUUAUGCCACACAGUCUUGCAUAAAAAAAAGGUUCUUGCCUUAAAAAUAAAUAAACCCUCAUUAAUAAUCUUUAAUUUCUGAUCUUUUUUGGAACAAACUGUUUUACAUUCCCUUCAUUUUCUUAUGCAUUUUACAGUGAUACAGCUCUAUAUUUACAGUACAACUCAUUACUAUAGCUGUGACUUAUUACAGGAUUAUUAUAGAAAUUAUAUUCAUAUAUAUGUAAUUAGGUUAUUUUUAACAAUUCUGAGGAGGUGGUUAGUCUACAGUUUUUUUUAUACCAUAAACAAAAUAUGGUCUUUGGCUAAAAUUCCAAUUUUACACAAACCUGCAAGCUAGAUAGUUCCAAUACUGGAAACAGCAACAAAUAAUUGCACAGUGCAAACUGUCACUAACAAAAUAACCUUAGACAUAUCACACCUAAGAUAUGCUGCAGAUUUUAUAGUCAAUUGGUUACGUAUUUAACAAACAGAGCACCUUUACACUUAGAGAUAUUUCCACGUAAAUUUCUUACUGUACUUUUCAGAGUUGCAUGCAUAUUUCAUCUACCAAAGCUGUGCUGUUAAAUAACAUGAAAGUUGAUGUUUGAGAUAUAACUGCCGUACUUUUGAUACAUCUGUGAUUUAGGUCCUUAAUUUAGAGAAACUAGCUCAUUGGUGUUUUGGUCUACUGGGAGCGUGGGGGGAAAUCAUACUUGUAUAUUUUAGGCUUUGCCUAUACUUCUUUAAUUAGAGUUUUGUAGGCACUCUUCACUUAAAUACCUCAGUUCUUUUUUUCUCUUCUUUUCCUUUUUAUUUUUGCAUGCAUUGGGUUUUUUUCUGUUUUGGUGCUAUGUUUAUAUAUUAUGCUUGAAAUUUUAAUUUUUUGCACUGUAACUAUAAUACCUCUUAAUUUACCUUUUAAAAAAAGCUGUGGGUCUUGUAUUCCCACCAGUAUCAGUAGAGGUUUGCUGCAAUUUUGCCCUGUUAAUUAUGCUUGAAGUUUGAGAAAGCAGAGCAAGGUGUUUUAACGUUUUCCAGCAUAGUAGUUUGAACUUGAUGCUGUGUCUUAUGAACUAAAUUACAAAUACUGUAUUUCCUGCUUUUAAACCCUAUUUCUUUCCUCACAAAUGCACACUAAAACAAAACAAAAACUGUCAGCUCUUGCUUUCUUAA